UAAAAAACUUCAAACAUAAAGAACACACAACCAUCAUUCAAUGAAUGAGUGAAUGAUUAUUUUAAUGAUGAAUAAUUAAAUGGGUUUUUACUGUUUAAACUUCGAUGUUUAUUCGUGCAAAAAAAAAUUUCAUUUAUUCAUUUGUUUCCAUUGUGAUCAAAUCAUCAGCUUGACAAAAAAAAACUUUAAAUCGAUUUCAACAAGUGAAAUUAUACAAAUAAACAUGGAUCAUGAUCAAAGCAAUAACAGAAUAAACAAACCAAUUAAUGAAGUACCCAAAACAAACUAUUCAACAAUGUUAUUGAAAGAAUUAAAAAAUCAAAUGACAUUAACACGUGAACCAAUUGAAAUUGAUUGUCCUGAAUGUAAGAAUAAGACAAUGACAAGAACGCAACAGGUUAAUGGACAAUUGACAUAUCUUAUUUGUGUACUUUGUACAUUAGGAUGUUGGUGUGGAUUAUUGCCCAUGAUCAUUGAUGAUUUCAAGGAUAUUAAACAUAAUUGUUCAAAUUGUGGAGCGAUCAUUGGUACUCAUUAUCUUCGACUUUAACUAAUGACUAUGAAUAUAUUACGAUGAUAAAAUAAUUCCUACUUUAAACUAUUGUAACAAUUUUUUUUUCUUUUUCUAUAUGCAAUGUAC